AUGCCAUCCUUCACUGAAACCCCCUCAACCACAGCCAAUGCGGCCCCAAACACCACUACGGUCGACACCUCAAAUCAAUCUACCGAGACAGUACAGAAGACCGAGGCUCAACUAGAGGCGGACAGACUGUACGAGGAAAGAAUUGAGGAGGAGUAUGCUAAGAGAGAAGGCGGUGCUUAG